AUGCCUACCACGUUGAAGGAGUUUGAGAGCGUCUGGCCACGCAUUGUGGCCGACCUGCAGGACCACUGCAAAGGCUACAACCUGCCUAAGCAGUCCCUUGAUUGGUUCACCAAGUCACUUGACUACAACACAGUCGGCGGAAAGUGCAACCGUGGGAUGUCAGUUGUCGACACUGUCUCCAUCCUCCGCAAUGAGACUCUCGACCCCAAGUCGGAGGAGUACUUCCGCCCUGCCCUGCUCGGCUGGAUGAUCGAGCUCCUGCAGGCAUUCUUCCUGGUCUCGGACGACAUCAUGGACUCCUCCAAGACCCGUCGUGGCAACCCUUGCUGGUACCUUGCACCCAAGGUCGGUAUGAUUGCCAUCAACGAUGCCUUCAUGCUUGAGGGUUCCAUAUACCUUCUGUUGAAGAAGCACUUCCGCCAGGAGAAGAGCUAUAUGGACAUAACUGAACUGUUCCACGAGGUCACCUUCCAGACCGAGUGCGGCCAGCUGUGCGAUUUGCUCACCGCUCCCGAAGACGAUGUCAAUCUUGACAACUUCAGCCUUGACAAGUUCACCUUUAUUGUCAUCUACAAGACUGCAUACUACUCCUUCUACCUCUCUGUAGCACUUGCCCUUUACUACAACGGUACCGCCACACCGAAGAACCUUCAGACCGCUCACGACAUCCUCAUCCCUAUGGGUGAGUACUUCCAAGCCCAGGAUGACUACCUUGACGCUUUCGCCGAUCCCGAGACGCUCGGCAAGAUUGGCACUGACAUCCAGGACAACAAGUGCUCGUGGCUCGUCAACCAAGCCCUGAAAAAGGUCACGCCAGAACAGCGCAAGAUUCUUGAGGACAACUAUGGCCAAAAGGACUCUGAAAAGGAGGCUAAGGUCAAGACUCUGUACCACGAGCUCGAAUUGCAGAAAUUUUACGAGCAGUGGGAGGAGGAGCGUGUCACUGAGAUCAGGUCGAGGAUUGAGAAGGUUGAUGAGAGCGAAGGCCUGAAAAAGGAGGUCUUUGAGGCUUUCCUCAAGAAGAUUUACAAGCGCAGCAAGUAA